UGAAUGGGGUAAAAGCCCAAAUUUCUCUCGGCCAAAAAGCCAGUCUUUCGCUUGAAGAAGCGCUCCUGUUUUCUUUCACCACACUGUUUUAUGGCUGCCAACUUUUGGACAUCAUCACACAGCCAACAUUGGUUGCUUGAUCGAUGGACUAUAGUCCAAAGUCGGCAAGAAGAUUUAAAGUAUGUCUCUGAGGUUGACAUUGUCAAGCUGAACAUUUGGUUCUGUAACUUGAUCCAGAAACUGGCAAAGCGGCUUCAACUGCGACAGCAAGUUGUGGCCACUGCAUUUGUUUAUUUCAAGCGGUUUUACACCAAAAAUAGCUAUCGAAGCACGGAUCCAAUGCUGGUCAUGGCAACGUGUGUGUAUUUGGCCUGCAAAAUCGAGGAAUGCCCACAUCAUAUCAAGAUGAUUGUCCAAGAAACAAAACAUGUCUUGCAAGACAUUGGAGGUUUCCGAUACGACAGUUCUAGCGUUGCUGAAUUUGAGUUCUAUCUUUUGGAGGAAUUGGAAUUUUAUCUUAUUGUGUGGCACCCAUAUCGCUCUCUUACUCAUUUUGCCACGGAGCUCGGUAUACGAGAAGCAGGCUUACAAUACGCAUGGUUCAUCGUCAACGACUCGUAUCGCACUGAUGUUUGCCUUUUAUACCCUCCACACAUGAUUGCCCUAGCCGCCAUCUACAUAACGGUGGUGCUUAAACACGCCGACUUCGCACCUGGAUCGGUUGGUGACAAGUUAGAUAUGCGACAGUGGUUUGCUGACCUCAAUGUUGAUAUGGCCGCCAUUGUGGAAAUUGUGCAAGAUAUCCUUGGAAUCUAUGAGAUUUGGGGAGACUGGCGAGAAGACAAAGUAAUUGCAUUGUGGAAGGAGUUGAAGCAUCGGUCAUAACAAUUAAACGUUGAUAAUGUAAAUAAAGCUUUCAGAUUAAAUAUCACACUUUCGGUAGUAAA